AUGGGAGCAACUGACGUUCUUCCCUAUCCGAGGAGACGGUCAUCAACUCAGCUCGAAUCACUUAAUUUCCGCCUACCAGGAGAAGUGGAAGGGCCCAGCAAUCCAUAUAAAAAUCCUGCGCAGCAAAUGGAUCGCUCAGUUAGAGACAGAGAGCAGAGCCAAAUGUCACUCAGAUCACCUCCGAUCCUUCUUCCACUAAGAGUUCUUCCACGUCAUGCUUUCUCACGCGAACAGGCUCGAUCGCAGUCCAGCGAAUGCCUUUUCCGAACCCGUUCGCAGUCAAUGCACAGAAUAGACGCACCACAUAGACUUCAAACAAGAAGAGCUUCCGGGCAGAAUGAACGACCUCAUGAGGCAAGACGGCGCUUUGCAUCGGAAAACGAAGAAAACACCGCGCAGUUCAUCGAAAGACUACGAAAAGACCUAAUCGCACAAGUACAUCAUUCACGUGGAUUUGAAAUGCCUUGUACGGAUUUCUAG